AUAAUCAUUCUGAACAUCUAUAGAAUGGAAUAAGAACGUAUGAGUAAAAUGUCAUGAAAGUUUUUCACUGUAGAGUUUAACAACAACAGCAGCGAGAAAGCUGUCAAGUAUUUUUAUGUUCGCAUGUAUGUACAUGUACCUCUGCUUGGUUAUUGUGUUAAAAAUACUGAUCUUUGUUUUUAUGCCUCCCUGGGAACAAUAUCUACAAUUUGUCCUCGUUACUGUUUUUUGGAAACAAUUAAGUGACAGGGAGGAGAGUGGAAAGCAGAACUGUGGAAUUUAAUCAUCCAAAUGUCAUGAAGGAGUGUGGCCCAGUAUAACAACUAGUAGAUUUCAUUCAUAUUGCAUCAGCUGCAGAAAUUAAUAAGACAAUCAAUAAUUACAUGAUUAAUUGAUGUGUUGUGUGUGUGGUUUAGAGACUUUGAGCAGUCAUCACAAAUAGUGUGUUUGGUUGAAAUGGGGCAAGCCAGCUGUUGCAUUAAUUGUCAUCUGGUUUUUAUGGGUGGAGGUUUUUCUUGGGGGGUCCAUCAUGACAGUUAGCAAAUGGAAGUCCCUCACCAUUUAUAGCCAGAUGUUCCUCUGUUUUUAUCGGCACUGUGAACAAAUCCAAUUGAUGGAUGGAUUUGACUGGAAGUAAAUACAUGCAGAGCCUGUAAAUGUGCAUGUCCUGAGUAAGGUCACAUGAACUUUUAUGUGGUCAUGCUCAAUUUGAUAGCAAUUAAAGUGCAACUUCAAGGCAACUUGAACUUUAGGGGCACACACACCAGCCAGAUGAUCCAAAUAGUGCCCCUGCUAGACAUUACUUAACUCUCCAUUGAGUUGGAUCAUCAGUUUGGUUUCCCUUCUUGGGAAACCAUUCACCUAAAUGCACCAGUAUGUAGAAUGGAAUACUUCAAACUUUUUCCCAUGUGGAAUACUUUAGGGGUGUAAUAGUGAAAAAAAGCCAAAUACAAGUGCAAUUCGUUAUGCAGGUAAGCUCCUUUCUUCCUUGCACCCAGGGGUAUGUACAAGCCUUCCCAGUGCUUCUUAUUUUAUGUACUGGUAUAUAACAGUAUGUUUCUGGGUACUUUCUAAAAUUUUAUUGUAAUUUACAGAAUACUGGAAUUUAAAUAGUUGUUUCAAUUUGUGAAAACUACAUGUAAGUUGGUAACAUAAUUCCUGAAUUUUUUUCUGGACUUAAAAAGAGAGAAUUAGAAAUUAAUCCUGAAGCACUUAUUGUAAUGGCAAAUUGAAUAUUUUUGUUGAAUGGUUUAGCAUUCACUCAAUUAAACAAAUUUGACACAUGCGAGCUAUGGUAGGAUACACCCAUUGUUUACUUAUCCAAGUCUGUUAUUUGCCGUCAUGUACUGUAGGUCAGCAUUAUGACCUGGAUAGUAAGCGGAGAGUUAACCUCUGCAUGUGUAUGACUCCCCCAAAGUCAUAGAGCAGCUUACUGUACAUGUAUAUGCACAUUAUCAAUGGGAGUUGAAGAGGUUGGUGCCAUCAAAGAAGGGCAUCACUCAAGUAAAGUAUUUGCAUAACAGGUUUUGUGGUUGAGAUUGUGGUGCAGAGUUCGGUUUUCAAAAGGGGAGUAUGACGAUACCCUGCACAGCUAGCAGCAAUGAUGAACAGUAGAUUUUUGGAAUUGCUUUCAUUGUUUCAAAUUCCAAAUAUUGUGUGUAUUUCAGGCGGUUGCAAUCCUUCCUAUUUCUCACUCUGCACAGUUUCUUUGAUAAGUGCCUGACAAAGAUCUAAAGUCGGCAUAUUCAAAUGCCAGCUUUUACCUCCAGGUGAUGUACCAGACCAGUACAUAUACUGUACUAGUUUGGUCUCCAUUGACUGGUAAAUUACUUAACUGACUCUCAGUGGGAGAGUAGGCAAUAAUGUACAGCUAACCUCUGGCUGAACCAACUGUGUUUACAACUGCAGCUAGUAUCAGCCUGGGAACCUGCUCUAUUGUCUGCGUGGGUUGUUGUUCUAAAAGAUCACUGACCGCAAAAAGCUGUGUGCACAGCCCAGCAACAAUCACAGGCUCAGUGUUGUGCCAGACUUGGAAGAGAGGCCAGACAGGGUCUCAAUGGAGUUUCAGGUGUUACAUCAGACCUGGGGUGGGGACAGUUGGGGUUGCUGAUUUCAAUGUGGUUUAUUUCAAUGAAAGUGCAGAGGAACGGGUUCAGAGCCUGUUAUACCACAAUUUAGUAAGCUCAUUCAUAGUACUGCUGUAUUAUGAGUGAGCUGGAGAUCCGAGUGCGGACCCGACUACGCAAACAGACUGACAUUGGUCAGGUAUUCCCUGAAUGCUGUUGGACCAACGACACCUACCUUGACUGCAGUAACCAGUAUUGGCUUGGGACACUUUAUUAUCCAGUUAAAAACAAAGUGACCAUUGAGUUGGAUUCAGAGACAAUACAGAUGAUGCAGAAGGAGAAUUUUGAUGAUGCUUGCAUCGAUGUGGAGAUAUCAGAUGAUGAGGUGAUGAUGGAUGGAGAAGAGGAGUCUGAUACCUUUGAAAGCUUUGACUCCUCCCCUUUGAGUGCCUCAGUGCAUUCUCAGACAAAUAACGCCACAUCAUCACCCAUAAACAUACCAAGCCAUUCUGGCCAAGAAGGCCCAAGAACACGUCGUACUAGCUCCGGAGGGACACCCACACAUAACUUGAGCUACCUCGGGCGCAUGUUUCCUGGAGCCCAUUGUGACUCCUCCCCUUUGUCAUCUGGUUAUGGUUCCGCCCCUCGAUACUUCCAAUCUGCCUCUACACAGACCCCAUCAACUCCAGUGUUCUGUGAGACGCUAAUCCGUUUACGGAUUUCAAGCAUGUCAGGUAACACGAAUGAUGCCCGGAGCCAGCACAUUAGACGACAGCGUUUACAAAUGCAAGAGAGACGAGCACGCAGUCGGGUGUACUCGGAGAACAAUGGCGAUGACCUGAGGGUUGAGGAAGGGGAAGAAGGCAAUGAAGAAAACACACAAGGGAGCUUAGGGAUGCCUCUACCUGAUCUUGUAGCCUUCCGAGACCGAUCUAACUCAGCCCCUACCAACUUGAUGAGACCAGAGAUAAGGGUAGGAAGACAGCUAAGAAGGAUUAGUGAUGAGUUCCAUCUGUCCUACCACGACCAUCAGAGAUUGCGUGCCAGACAGCAGCAAACCAUCCUUCAGAGACUCUUGAACACCUUAAGAGGACAUCAUCAUAGCCACAGAGAGGGCAGUGCUGUCUGAGGACCAACCAAACAUGAGUACAAGCCAAUGGAGGAGUCAUGUGAUUAGUACUUAUUAAUGCUGCAUUGUGGGAUUCCAGAAUGGUGCUCUGUGUCAAUCUCACCACUUCUGCUAAUGAAAGCAGUCUGUACCCUGUUUGGGUCAGGACAUGUGCUGUACAUAUUGAAUGCUGCUGCAUUGUGGGAUAGGAAUGCCAGUAGGAUUGACUGCAAGAUCACAACUCAUCCAAAGUUCAGUCAGAGCUUUUGCCUCUAAACUGUGUGUACUUUGGUCCAGACAGACUAUAACAACUCACCAACAUGGACUGAAACAGUUGCCGUGACAACAAACUACACGUGAACAAGACGUAUCAUGUAACUACAUGCAAGACUUGCAGUGAUUUUGAGAAGACUUAAACUUCUUUUUCUAAAUUUUGCUACUGUCUGCAAGGGAUUGGCUUCUAGUUAAUAAUCGACUCAAUGGAAAAAGGCCAGCAUAAAGAAACAAAAAUAGGAUUAUGAUGCCACGUACAUCACUGGCCAACAUGGGACUGCAAUAAGCGCAUUGUGUGCUAACCUAUGACAGGUUGUAAGAGACUCGUUUGGAUUCAGCUGGAACUUGAAAGAUUUCCUGCAAAUGUGCACCAUACUGAAAACUGGCUUUAGUCUUGUUAUUUGUUGAGCAACUGCAGAGUCUCUAAAUCUGUCAAUAUGGAAUUGUGUACAAAAAAAAGAAGAUGUUAUGUUUCGAUGAUUGUUAUCCAACCACAAUUGAUGAGCACAUUUCAAAUAUGGUAGAUAAAUGCAUACGUUUCACCUAUGCCUAUCUACCAUACACCAGAAGUGCAUCCAGUGUUUAUAUUUACAAACAUACCAACUAAAAGAUUGUUUUUCUGUAUAAGUGUUUAUAUAUUACCAGAAUACAUGGGUCCUGAUACCUGUAGUAUCCAUUAGUACGCUCAAUGUGUCAAACUGCUUAUUGAUUCAUCCCUUUCCCAUUUCCCCUUAAGCGUUAAAAAACUGUGAUAAGAUGCUACCUCGGUCAUUAAAGGAAUUUUGUAACAUACAAAGUCAUUUGCUGAUAUCACUGGGGCACAGUGUCUCAGUGCCUUCACAGUAUUUGUAAGCUGACAUCUGUGGCUAGCUAAUAUUAUAUAAGAGCCAUUUGUAACGAUGGGCAUUUUUAACCAAGCAUUUAGGCUGGCAUACAAAGCAAAAAUGCCGCCUUCUGUGGUCCUUUUUAUUAUAGUUUGUGUGGUUACAAAAUGGUCAAAGCACUGUGUGGUCAACUGUUAGUGAUUAAAUCCUUUUAGUAAUUCAGUUUGGUCAUCUAUUUUGGGCAUUAACUACCAUUUUCAGUAAACAUUUUGUUACAUUCUUUUAGUUCCAUUAUAAGUUUGUUUACAAGACUCUGUCUCAAAAAUUAAUUUCAUAAAAUUAAAAUUGAAUUCUUUGACAAGCCAAAAGGAAAUGUAUAACAAGAUAACUGAACUUAUCUGAUUGGUUAAACAGUAAGAUUUGAAAUUAUUUCUAAUGUAAUGCACCAAAGAUAAGUAAUCAGUUAACAAUUCCUAAGUGGCCAAAACAAACAUUUGAAACAAUCUUGCAGCCUCAUAAACAUGCUCAACAAAAUAGUUCUUUAAUAUUAAUGAGCCCAACUUUUGCUAUGUGUGUAUAAAUUAAAAUGUUAUUUAGCAUAACUUGAACAGUUAGGAAGUAAGCCUGUGUAUUUAUUUUGUACUUAAUUUUAGUGCAGAAACAUGUGAGUCGUCGAGUAGAUGGAGACAGAUAUCCAUGAGGCCACACUAAACUACAAACAUUCUUUGAAUUUUUGUACACCUUUCACCAACUGUCAGUUAUACUUAAGUUGAAGCUAAUAAGUUUAGUGGAGAUUGUUUCUGACUGAAAUGGGUCAUAAUGACCAUUUUGUUGUUUGUAUUUACAAUACUUCUAGGAGACAACCUGGAUAAUAUAUCCUAUUGAAAUAUAAUUUUAGACAAAUGACGAUGCUAGAUAAUCUAUGCGCCAAACAUGGAGUUCAUAUUUGAUUUGUAGACAAAUGACGAUGCUAGAUAAUCUAUGCGCCAAACAUGGAGUUCAUAUUUGAUUUGUAGACAAAUGACGAUGCUAGAUAAUCUAUGCGCCAAACAUGGAGUUCAUAUUUGAUUUGUAGACAAAUGACAAUGCUAGAUAAUCUAUGCGCUAAACAUAGAGUUCACAUUUGAUUUGUAUCAGAUUCCUACAGACCUAAAAGGAAGAUUUUUUCACUUUAGCGGAUUAUAAUGCUUUUUAACUCCAACUUGAUGAAGAGUUGGUGCGAGGAAAUUAUGGCAGCUUGAGUCAGUUUCCCAAUGUUUGAAAUGAGAAAGCAUAUCAUCAUCACUGUUCAGAAAUUUAGUGAAAGUUAUCAGCCUGAUGAAAACAAAAUACAAAUGAAAAGUAAUAACUUCAUUUUGAAGUGCCAGUUGGUAUGUUUUACUGACAGGGAAAUGGAGUAAAAUUUGACACAGUUGUAUUUCACUUGACUGAUUUAUUUUUACUGAUAUUUCUUGAGCAAUCUUUUUGUCAGAAACCUGGUAUGACUAUUCAAACCUUGCAAUCCAAGGUUCUGCUGAGGCCGUCCUGUGAUUGGCAGGUUGCACUGUGUAGGCGUUGCCAAGAUAUUUUUUUAGUGAAGCCGUCCUUUGAUUGGCUAUUAGCAGCUAUGUAUAGAUUGUUUUGGGGGUAGAUGGAAUUGUGUCAGCAAAGUUAGGAAGCUUUGGGUUUUUCUCAACCCAAGGUUUUGAGAGAACACAGUGAAGUCCUGGUAUCAUGGUUGCAUCUUUCCCAAAUCUACAGCAGGUUUUGGACCUAGAUUUUACCAUGCAAGUCAUUGUCACUUCAAUAUGGUAGCACUUUUGCACAGGAUGUGUAGACAUGGUUCCAAGCCAAACAGGCAAAGUUCUUUGCUGAGAUUUACAGUUAUUGAGAAUGUUUAUUGAAAUGCUUACCCAGUCCAGCAAGGGUAUAGAAUGGAAAGUUAAAAGUGCAAAGUGUAUAUUUAUUUUAUUUAUUGCUUUUCUGUAUUUAUUUAUAUAUUUUGUUUUAUUGAAUUGUGAAUGUUUUUAGACUCAGCUAAAGGAAAUUUGCUAUGGUGCUAUUAUAUUGUUAUAAUGAACUGUCAUGAUUGUGGUGGGAAGUCCAGUGGGCCUAAAUCCUCCAAUUUCGAUCUAUUUUUCACAUUACAUAGGGAGUUGAGGUACUAAUUUUUUGUUUUGUUUGAAUGAAUGCACCUUUGAACAUUUCCACAAAGUUUGUCUGAUGACAUUCCAAUUUUGAUGAAAUCUGAUUGAAACCACAUUACAGUUCACAGUUGAUUUUCUUCAUCAUUUGCAUCAUUUGUGCAUGGUGUUUAAUACUUGUAUGUGUACAGUUGUCUUUAAGAUUGGUUUAUAUGGGAAGACAAUCCCCAGAAAGAUAGAAAUCCAAGAUGUGUGGGUGUUUAAUGGCCCAACAUUCCUCCUUGGAUUGGUGCUGUUGCUUCUCCAGACUUUUCUCUUCAAAGCAAAAGUAAAUUUAAAAUUUCAGGAAAAGAAAAAGGUUUGUUAACAUUUGUUUUUAAGGAUAUAUGUGUUGGAGAGGAUGGUUGUACUUGACGAAGACAGAUGCCAUUCCAGUAUUUAAGAUUGAAUAAACUCUGAGCAUUUCUACCAAAUUAAA